CCUUUCAUUUAUUUUUCCUGGACUUUUCUAGUCUGCAAACUGCAUACUUUUUCAACUUAAUAUAUAGUAUAUUAUUUAAGGAAAAUUUCACUGACUUUUAAGUAGAUUUUCAAGGCGAAAUAAGGAAGCAAUUUUCAAAACAAAAAAAUAUGCAAGUACCCAGAAAAUGCUGUCACGAAAACUGCAAACUGCACAAAAAGUUGCAAAAGUAAAAGUACAGAAAUAUUGAAAUUAUUUCAGGCCUUGAAAGUGGACUGGGCCAAAUGCACAUUUAUAAUUAGCGCCAUCUACAUUCCAAGAAAGACUAGCUGCUGAAAAUUGCGCCUGAGCGUAUGCUAUGAAAUAAAUAAAAUUAUUAUAAUAGUGAGUCACACAACCACUUUAAAGCGUAUGCCAGCGUUGCCAUCUGUUGUCAACUUAGCACUAGAAAGUGUGCAAUACAUUACAAUUGCCCGAUCGAUUGCACGCUUGGAGUUGCCAUAUGUAAUGCAGAAGUACUUGACAGCUGAUGCAGUUGUAAUUUAAUCACCGCCGAUAGAGAACUGGGUGCUGGGCAACAGAGCAAACACUCAAAACAAUCCAAUUAAUAAUCAAACCAAAUACGCUUAUCAAGCGAGGCGUGUUAAAUCAACAUGGCAUCGAUGACAAUGUACGGCGAGUUCACAUUCAACCGCGAACUGCGAAACAAUGACGACGCAAUAUUAUCAACAGGCGAGAAUAAUUGUUCUUGGCCUCUGUUUAACAACGUUAAUUGGCGACACCAGCGCGGGAAAUAUUCUGGCAGUGUUCCCUCACUUUGGCUUCAGUCACUUCAAGGUGGUGCAGCCGCUGCUCAGUGAAUUGGCUCAACGUGGACAUCACGUCACCGUCAUAUCGUAUGUAAAGAAUCCACUUGCUGCGCAAUUGCCAAACUACGAGCAGUUGCUGACUAGCGAUGCGGACGAGGAUCAGGCGAGCACCACCAUCAAUGUGGUGCCACUCACAGAGCACACACCAACUCGAUCAUUGCCCGUGCUGCUCAAGGAAUACUACGAUCUGUUUAGCGAGGGACAAACCACCUGUGGUCGUCUCUAUGCCAGUGGACAUGUGGCGACAGUGUUGGAACGACACAAGGAGCAACCCUAUGACUUACUGCUCACCGAAUACUUCAGCAACGAUUGUCAGCUGGCGCUAGCCAAGCUCAUGCAGCUACCCAUCAUUGGCGUGAGCACGUGCGCCUUGAUGCCGUACUUCUACGAUCGCAUCGAUCUGCCCGAUAAUCCCGCCUAUGUGCAGUCCGAAUUUGUAGGCUUUGCACAGCCUUUGCUUUGGCAUGAACGACUGCUUAACUUUGUGCAGGCCAAGCUGCUGAAGCUGCUCUACAAGCUGCACACAAAUCGUGCAGAUCAAAAGCUGAUUAAGCAACAUUUGGGCAUAGACAUCGAUGUGGAUGAAGUGGCACGUGACCAAACCGCAUUUAUACUUGUUAAUCAGCACUAUUCACACAUGGGCAGUAGACCAGUGACGCCACAAUUGAUCGAAGUGGGAGGCAUGCACAUUACCAGUGAUGCAAAGAAACAGCUGCCCCAAGAAUUGGAACAGUUCCUGCAGCGAUCACCACAGGGUGUUAUCUUCAUCAGUUGGGGAUCGAUGGUGCGUGCCUCGAGCAUCGAUGCAGACAAGUUGCAGGCCAUGCUGCAAGUGCUGUCGCAGCAGCCACUGAAUGUCAUCUGGAAAUGGGAGACGGAUGAGCAUCCCCAAGUGGAUGCCAACAAGUUUCUAUUCGUCAAGUGGGCACCACAACUGGCGCUGCUUUGUCAACCACGUGUCAAGCUGUUCUGGGCCCACGCCGGAUUGCUGGGCAUGACCGAGGCGCUGCACUGCGGUAAGCCUUUGCUGAUGACGCCCAUCUAUGGCGAUCAGUUUCUCAACGCAUAUGCCGCACAACAGCGCGGCGUAGGUCUCAAGCUGGAUUAUGAACAGAUCAAUGUGACCACACUGCAGGAAACACUACAGGAACUCAGCCAUGCUAACUAUGCUGUGAGUGCUGAGAAGCUGUCGCAGGUCUUCAAUGGACGCCAGCGCACGCCUUUAGAAUCGGCCAUUUGGAGUGUGGAGCAUGUGUUGCAACAUGGUCUCUUUGCCACCAAGCUGCUGCAAUCGCCGGGUAUUGAGCUCAACUGGUUCAUCUAUCAUUCACUGGAUAGCAUAGCAAUCCUACUUGUCUUAGUCCUGCUCAUCAUCGCCAGCUGGCGUGCGCUUUUCCCGGCACAAAGCAAACGCCAGUCAAAAGCGCAGACGCAACAACGAGCAGGCAAAAAGUCCAGGAAAUAA